AUGAGUAGCCGCCGCCGCCGCCACGCCCGCUCGCCGGCGUCCGCGCCGCUGGACGACGACGACCUCCUCUGCGAGAUCCUGCUCCGCCUUCCCCCGGAGCCCUCCUCCCUCCCGCGCGCGUCCCUCGUCUGCAAGCGCUGGCGCUGCCUCGUCUCCGACGCCGGCUUCUUCCGCCGAUUCCGCCUCCGCCACCGUCGCAAACCUCCCCUUCUCGGCUUCUUCGACAGAUUUGAUCGCCUCUCCUUCCUGCCCACUCUGGAGGCCCCCAAUCGUGUUCCCUGCGAGCGCUUCUCCUUCCAGUGCCCCGACUUCGGCAGCUGCUCCAGCUCCCUUGGAUGCCGCGAUGGCCUCAUGCUCCUCUUCCUCCGUGAGCGUCUCCAGGUCCUGGUGUGGGACCCCGUCACCGGCGACCAGCACCGCAUUGCCAUUCCUGCAGCGUUCGAUGACAAGAAAACCCUGAUCGGCCUGAUCAAUGGGGCGGUUCUUCGUGCUGCCGAAGACGCCCGACACUUCCAGGUGGUCUUGGUAGUCGCAGAUGGCGACGACGAACAUCAUAUACGGGCGCUUGCUUGUGUUUACUCGUCAAAGACUGGCUUAUGGGGAAAUCUGAUCUCAACACCGAUUCCAUACCAGCCUUCUGAUAGUUCAUUCCGUGUCCCUACCAUGGUUUAUAGAGAUGACGCUGUGCUGGCUGGAGGUUCCCUUUACUGGAAGCUUGUUGGGAAUAUGGUUGGAAUUCUCGAGUUUGAUUUGGAGAAGCAGAGUCUAGCUGUGAUACAGGUGCCAGUGGAUAUGUAUAGCGGAGGCAACUGCUUCAGGGUUAUGCAGGCCGAGGGUGGUGGGCUGGGUUUCCUUCUUGUUUCGGAAUCAGACUGCACUGCCAAGUUAUGGAAGAGGAACACUGAUUCUGAUGGCGUUGCUUCAUGGGAGCUUGGAAGAACUAUUGAACUGGACAAGCUACUUUCUCUGAAAUCAAAGGAGAAAGGGCGCCUUGAGAUACUAGGGUUUGCUGAGCAGAAUAAUGUGAUGUUUCUGUGGACAUUUAUCGGCGUCAUGAUGAUCCAGCUUGAGUCAUUGGAGUUCAAGAAUCUUUAUAAAACCAUGUUCUUUUCUUACUAUCAUCCAUUUGAAAGUGUCUACAGUGCAGGUAAUAGCAUGCCUUACAUUGCAGAUACAACAAAACCAAGUUAA